UUGAGUAUUGUUCUUGACUUUACUAACUAGCGGGCCUUUUGCAAAAGAAAUACGUUUAAGUUGUUUUGAAUAAAAACUCCAUUUUAAUUGCUAUAAUUUUAUUUGUAACUCUUACAUAAGAAUACGACGAAAUAACUACUUUUUCUUUAUCAUACGUUAUGUUAGUAACUGAUGAGAUAAUAAGAAGUAACGUACUAAAAAAACUUUUAAAGUUUCAAUAUAAAGAGUGGUAUUCAUAAAGAGAUGGAAGGACCUGAGGCAGCAUAUGUUCAGUCUGACCUUUAUGCUGAUGUAAUGGCAGAACCAGUUCAGCAAACGAAUACUCAAGAUCUAGAGAAUGGUGUAUUGCACAGAGGACCACUAGUUUCAGAGUAUAGAUCAUAUACUACAAUUCAUCCAAAAUCAAUGGAGCAGCAAGAAAAAGAAUCCAAAAUUGCUGCCAAUGUAGAUCAAAUUCCUAAGGGGCUUUCUCUUUAUAUUGGCAACUUAACAUGGUGGACAAAUGAUGAAGAGUUAUCAAAUGCUAUUCGAGAGUGUGGUGUCAAUGAUCUUUUAAAUAUUAAGUUUUUUGAAAAUCGCAUUAAUGGCCAGUCAAAAGGAUUUUGUUUAAUUGAAGUUGGCUCAGAAACAUCACAGAGGCUUUGCAUGGAAAGACUGCCCAAUCAGAAUAUUCAUAACCAGAAGCCUCUUGUUACCUUUGUAAACAAACAGUCGCUAACAAUGUUUGAAAAUCAAUGUAAAAAAGAUAAACCAGUCGGUUUUAAUGAAGAUCAAAGAAAAAUAUUUCGGGAUGACCAAAGAAAAGUUAGGCCGAAUUUUAUGCCAGGUCCACAAAUAAUUCAUGGUUUACCACCUCCUGGUGCUAAUGUUGUUGCUGCUCCAAUGCUUGAUCACACUAUAAUGCAACAACAACUUCAACUUCCUGCAGGUUUUCCUCCUGGAAGUAUAAUUGUUGACGCGGCUGGCAAUAUUAUUCACGGUGGUAUGCCAGGCCUAAGUAUUCCUGGUAUGAUGCAUGGUUUGCCAGUUAAUUCGGUUACCGGACAUAUGGCUCCACAUAGAUCUGGAGUUGCACCGCAUUUAAAUCCAGCAUUUGUGUCUCAUGAGAGCCAACCUAUAGAUCCAAUGACUGGACUUCCACUUCAAACAGCUGGUCUAAAUGAACAAGAUAUGGAAUCAAUGAGAAGAAACCAAGCUGUAGCUAGCACUGCGAUACAAAGAGCAAUGACUGAUGCGAAUGCGGGUGAGUUUGAAAGUGGUAUUGAAACAUUAGUUACAGCUAUUUCCUUAAUUAAACAAUCUACUACUGCUUCUACUGACCCUGCUCAAGUUUUAAUUCAGUCGCUUCAAGAUUGUCUUCAGGGUUUAGAAGGCCAGCUUGUGCAGAAAGGUUCCGGCGGAAGCCAUCGUAGCAACAGGUACGACGACUACGAGUAUGAUAGAGAUAGAAAUAGGCGUAGACGAGAGCGAUCUCGAAGUCAUGGCCGUCAAUCUUUUUCUCCGCGUCGAUCUAGAUCAAGAGAGAGAAGAAGGAGAUAAAACAACUUACUGUUGAGCUAAUAUUUCACAUAAAUGGUCGAGUCUUCUUGAUUGAACUCAACAGUCGAUAUUUAUUGUGCGCUUCUCUAAUUCAAAUGUAUUUUGAAAUUUUUUAUGCAAACGUUUGAGGCUAAAAUGCGUUUUUGGAAUUGCUUUAAAAACAAAACAAUUAUGAAUAUUUCGACAAAACAUUUUCUAAUUAAAAAAUGUUUU